CCGCGGGGGCGGCUGCUGGGCGGUGGCGGCGGUAGCAGCGGUGAGGGACGCGUCAUGGAGAGCGGGCGGCAAGUGGCAAACUUCGGGGCCGGGCCGGCCAAACUGCCGCGCUCUGUAUUACUAGAAGCACAGAAAGAAUUGGUGGACUACAAAGGACUUGGUAUAAGUGUUCUUGAAAUGAGCCAUCGAACCUCAGACUUCACAAAAAUUUUAAAUACAGCUGAAAAUCUCAUGCGCGAAUUGCUAAAUGUACCAGAAAACUACAAAGUCCUUUUCCUCCAAGGAGGUGGAUCUGCUCAGUUCAGUGCAGUCCCACUUAACCUUAUUGGUUUAAAGGAGGGAAGACAUGCAGAUUAUGUGAUUACUGGAGCUUGGUCAGCAAAAGCAGCUAAAGAAGCAGAGAAGUAUGCCAAAGUGAAUAUCGUUCAUCCAAAACUAGGAGCCUAUACAAACAUUCCUGACCCAAGCACUUGGAAUCUUAAUCCAGAUGCAUCUUAUGUUUAUUACUGUGCUAAUGAGACUGUUCAUGGUGUGGAGUUUGACUUUGUACCUGAUGUCAAAGGAGCGGUCUUGGUUUGUGAUAUGUCAUCAAACUUCCUGUCCAGACCUGUGGAUGUUUCCAAGUUUGGAGUGAUUUUUGCUGGUGCUCAGAAGAAUGUUGGCUGCGCUGGAGUUACUGUUGUAAUAGUACGUGAGGACUUACUGGGAUUUGCACUGAAAGAAUGCCCUAUAGUGCUGGAUUACAAAACGCAAGCAGUGAACGGCUCUUUGUAUAACACUCCACCGUGCUACAGUAUUUAUAUCAUGGGACUGGUACUGGAAUGGAUAAAGAAUAACGGUGGAGCUGCAGCUAUGGAUAAACUUAGUUUAAUCAAAUCACAAAUGAUUUAUGAUAUUAUAGACAAAUCUAAUGGAUUCUAUGUAUGUCCAGUUGAGAAAAAGAACCGAAGCAGAAUGAAUGUCCCUUUCCGUAUUGGCAGUACCAAGGGUGAUGAAGCACUGGAAAAGAAAUUUCUUGAGAAAGCUGUGGAGCUCAACAUGGUAUCUCUGAAAGGGCAUCGAUCUGUGGGAGGAAUCCGUGCCUCUUUAUACAAUGCGGUGACUGUAGAAGAUGUUCAGAAGCUUGCAGCAUUCAUGAGAAGCUUCCUGCAGAUGCAUCAGUCAUAAAUGCUGAUGGGUUAGAACCAUGCUGCACAUCUAUAGAAUAAAAGCUAAAGGUUUUGAGAGUUACUGUGGUACCACA